CCGGGUCCGGGCAUAUCGCGCUUUCUAGCCACUCGCCAUGGCUGACCUCAAACUGCCGUCGUGGAAAGAUCUGCCACCCGUAGAGGGUAUGCCACAUGGCUGCGCCUGGGGCCUGUUUGACAAGGAUGGCACCCGAGACGAGAUAGGCACCUUGAACCUCCUUACGCCCGAGACUGUGGUCAAGGCCCGAGAAGAGAUCCAGACCGGCAAGAGUGUUGUUCUCAAUUGGCCCAUUGACCACGUCCAUGAGCCGGGAUUUGACCGCAUUAAGCCGACCGUUAACAUCACCGACUGGCGGGCCAAGGGGUCUCCUUGGUAUUCAUACGACGAUGAGAUUAGUAUUAACACUCAGUCCGGGAGUCAAUGGGAUGGUCUAAGACACUGGGGCCAUAGCGGGACGGGACUGUAUUAUAAUCGCAUACACCACGACGAGCUCUUGAAAACGGACCGUAUUGGGAUUGACCACUGGAGCAAGCGCGGAGGUAUCGUCGGGAGAGGCGUCCUCCUAGAUUAUGUCGCCUAUGCAGCUCGCCACAACAUUACGUACGAUGCCAUGACCCGGCACCGCAUUACCCUGGACGUUUUGAAGGACAUUGCCAAAGAAGAAAACGUGGUCUUGCGUCCCGGGGACAUCUUGCUCGUCAGGUCGGGUUGGAUCAAAUGGUACAACGAACACAGCCCCGAAGAGCGCGUCGCCAAGGUCAAGAAUGGAUCGGAAUACGUGGGAGUGGAUGGCUCAGAGGAGGUCGUCGAGUGGAUUUGGAACUCUCAUUUUGCAGCCGUUGGUGGUGAUGCCAUUGGCUUUGAAGCCUGGCCACCGCAGCUACCGUGGUGUCUGCACGACUUUGUCCUUGCGCUCUGGGGGAUGCCGCUCGGGGAGCUGUGGGACUUGGAGGCGUUGGCAGCCGAGUGUGAGAAGCAGCAACGAUGGAGCUUUUUCGUCACCAGCGCGCCGUUGAACACCCCAGGAGGGAUUGCGAGUCCCCCUAACGCGAUAGCCGUCUUCUAG